AUGAUGACCUAUUAUAAGGCCUGUCAAGAUUCGGCUACUCCUCCCCAGAGGUGCAUUAUCAACGCUUUGUCUACAAGAACUCUCUCCAUUCGCAACAGGUCACUGGGUCCAAAUGCAAUCCCUCCAAUAUGUGCAGCAUAUCGGGGCAAUCUAAGAGUUGAAGAACUGACACUUGACAGCGCUGACAUCGGUGACGCAGGCAUGAAACACGUAUCAAAAAUGCUGAUAAAUAACUUCACAAUCACAAACGUGAACAACACUAGUAUCACACACCUGGAUCUCAGCUAUAACACCUUGGAAGAACAGGCGGGCCUUAUGCUUGGAUCCUCUCUCGCGAGAAACAAUACCUUGGUCUCUCUGAACCUCAGCUGGAACAAGAUCCGAGGAAAAGGCGCAGUAGCCAUAUUCCGUGCAUUGAUGUUGAACAAUACUGUUUCGAAUCUGAACAUAUCCUGGAACGGUUUAGGGUAUGAAGGAACAGUGGCGCUAUGUAAGUGCCUGAAACGGAACACUGGGCUCCUCGACCUUGACCUUGCUAACAACAGACUCAACUGGCGCUGUGCCUUGCUGCUGGCUGAAGGGUUGCGGUCCAACUCAACCCUGCGAAAUCUGUGGGUCGGCCGCAAUACAAUUACUACAACAGGUGCGAUGGAUAUUCUUGAAGCGGUGGCAACUACUGGCAGUGUGAUUGCAAAUUUAGAUCUAUCGGACAUACCUGUGAUAGCCGAGGCGGAUCUGCUAGCUGCAACCAUUAGUCGUCGUAGGGAAUUUACUUUCAAACAUGGCGGCAUCGUAGCCACACAUGACAAAUUGGGACAGCGCGUGGGUAGAGAACUAAACCCAAUGCUGCGCAUAAUCGAAUAUCUGCGCCUUCUUGGAUUGCGGCCCUUGGAACUUAUGAAGUCGUUUGACAAGAACGCCUCGUUAGAGAUGCCGAGGAAAGAUUUUGUAGAGCAGAUUAGGAAGAUAGGAGUCAACUUGAAGCCAUACGAGGUCGAUGCAUUAGCAAACUCAGUGUCUGGGAAAGGAUUCAAUAAAAAUGUCAUCAAUUACAGGAAGUUGUCGAUGGCGGUGCGUGAGGUGGUGGAGGCGGAAAGGGAGAGGAAGAUCCGAGAGCGGAAGGAGUGGCUACAGAUCAAAUCCUAUCACGAAAAUAUUCUCAAUAAGGGAAAGGUAGACGAGUACAUCGCUCAAAGCCCAAGUAGCCGGUCUGUUGACCCAGUGAAUGCUCUACGGGUGAAGAGCAACGAGACAAUCGGUCUGAGCAUUUCCCGACACAGCACGGGUACCUCUAGACUGGUAUCCGAGGUGAGCAGGGUAAAGCCCGCGCUGUCCAUUGCCAUGCCCGCGAUGUUGACGGAGGUGAAACUUCCAGGAAAGGCGUCAAAGAAACCCAAGAAGCGGUCAGCCAGGAUGUAA